AUGAAUCUUCUCCCUAAAAGCCACAAAGAAUUCAGUGAAAAAGAUUAUUGGAAUAAAUUUUUCAAGAAACGUGGUAACAAGGCUUUUGAGUGGUACGGCGAGUAUUUAGAGCUAUGCGGUCAGCUCCAUAAAUACAUAAAGCCGAAAGACACAUUACUUGUAACCGGAUGUGGUAAUUCUAGUCUCAGCGCUGAUUUGUAUGAUGUCGGAUACCAGAACAUUACAAACAUAGACGUUUCCGAGAUCGUCAUCAAACAGAUGAAGUCUAUAAACGCGCAGAGAGCGAAUAUGAAGUUUCUUUGCAUGGAUGCGACUAAUAUGACCUUUGGAGAUGAAGAGUUCAAUGUGGUACUGGAUAAAGGUACUCUGGAUGCCAUAAUGCCAGAUAACACAGAAGAAACUAACGCGAUCAUAGACAAGUAUUUCUCGGAAAUUAAAAGAGUAUUGAAGCUUGGAGGCCGGUUUAUUUGUGUGUCGCUACUACAAAGUCAUAUUCUUGCAAAAUUAUUGGCAACAUUCUGUGACAAGUCCUGGAUGUUCCGUGUGGUGCGGUGCCAUGAGGCAGAGCAGAAAAAUGCUGAGGAUGGAGAUGGGGCAACAUUACCGGUGUUUGUGAUUGUGGCCACUAAGUUUAAAGUUAUGCCACAAUUGAUUUUGGAAGUGUGUAUGGCUGGAGAUAAAAUGGUGAGGCUGCAGACUCCUGAGGAGUUGCAGAGUCAUGUGAAGUCAGCACAGGAUGCAGCAUUCAUCACCAAUGGACUGGCUAAGACUAAUCUGGAUGAUGAAAAUGAGGUGUCUCUGGACCUGAUGCUGCCCGGUGAGGACUCGCCGCGGUACACACUGUAUGUCGUCGAUAAGAAGCACUCGCAGAUCAUCAACAAAUAUGCUGUCUUUAUAGUGCCGCAGGGGAGAGAAGCCGAGUGGUUGUUCGGCACGCCGGCGGGCAGACGACAGCUGCAGGACUCGGCGCGGUUCGGGCGGCUCGUGGUGGCCGUGCUGCGGCGAGGACAUCACUUCGACAGUCUCGACGCUGUGAAGGAGGAACUCGCGCAUUCAGCCAAGAUGCUCAUACCGUAUGGGUUUAGUGGGCAGAUCCCGUUCCUGUCGCUAGGCAGUGACGUGGGCCGCCGCGUGAAGAUCCACUCGGGCUCGUCGAAGAUGUCGGGCGAGUUCGUGGUGGAGGAUGUGGACGUGGACGGCGCCACGCACCGCCGGCUCGUGUUCCUCGACAACCAGUUCCUGGUGCAGUCCGAGGCCAAGCUUAAGACUGUAAAAAGGAAGAACAAAACCAAACAAGUGGUGGACUUCGGCCACAUAUCCCUGUACCACUCGUUCAUGUGUGUGGGCGUGCAUCUGUCCCGCGUUCCUGGCCUGUCCAACGUGGCGCUGCUGGGGCUGGGCGGCGGCAGCCUCGCCAUGUUCCUCAGGAAGUGUUACGACGAUGUCAAGGUCACCGCCGUCGACCUUGACCCCGCCAUGCUCGAGGUCGCUAAAGGUUUCUUCGAGCUGAAGACCGAUGAUAGGUUGGUUGUGCAGAUCAAGGAUGGUCUGGAUUUCUUGAAGGAAGAGGCGAGGAGUGGUAACCACUACGAAGCGAUAAUGUUCGAUAUGGACAGCAAGGACCGAACGCUGGGGCUGUCGUGUCCGCCCAAACAGUUCCUCGAUGACUAUGUGCUGGAAGAUGUGAAAACCAUGCUCUCUAAUAAAGGUCAAUUCAUUCUCAACUUAGUAUGUCGCGACACAGAGCUGCAGGCGUCGAUAAUAGAGACUUUGAAGCGACAUUUCAAACACAUAGUCACUGUAAAACUGUUCGAAGAAAUAAACGAGGCAGUGUUCGCGACCAACAGCGAUGAAGUCUACAACAUAGAAGUGUUUGAGACGUGUGUGAAAAGUCUUAACUCUAUGGCGCGGGAGAACAACUUGGUAGAUGUGAAGUGUGUUGAUUUGAAGGACUUUUUGCAAUCCGUUACUAUUGUUUCGUAAAUGGAGUUGUAGUAUUGAGUGAAGAGUGUCGUUUUCAAUAAACUACUAAUGGCUAACUUCGGAUCAGAAUAAGCCAAUCAAAGUAAGUCUUAGCAUGACCAACGAACUACUAUGAUUGGCCCAUUUUCGCUUUAAGACCAAAGGUAGUGAUCUUAACCGUUAAUUUGGUUUUGCCGUAUACUUAAGUUGCUUGAAGAUUAGCAUUUUCUUUUAUAUCUUGAGGAGACAGAUAUAUACACUAUGGUAUAUGUAAGUGGAAGAAGGUUUAGGAUUCCCUGCUAGUGUUAAAAAGCUAUUAGACUUAAAUAAAAAUCGGAUAGAGAAAAGCUAGAUAUCUAGAUAUAUUUAAAAUGAUAGCUGACUGUAGAGGCGAUAGGACGUCUAGGUUUAUAGAAACGGGAUAAAGGAUAGCUCAAGCCUGAAUUACAAUAGGUGUGACCUUUCGUUUCUCAUGUAAUUGUUCGCCAUCUUUGUGUAGAUGUCGAUUUUUGCCUAAUUAUAAACAAAUACUUAUAGCAGAAAUUUUAGUAUUUCUAGAAACUGCCAAAAGUGGUUUGUAAUAUAUUGGGAUUUAUAUUUGAAAUGUAAUUUUUCAUAUCAUUUUUUAUACAGUAUAACUAUAGGGUAAUAAUAUACUAACAAAAUUCAAUGGAGUAAUUCAAAUUUUUAGUUGUUUUUUAUACUUGUAAUUGUGUUUUAAUCUGGAAUCCUGGAAAAGGUCCUAAUGUAUUAAUAAAUUAUAUUUUAUAUUAGCCUAUAGUACAUACUCAAGAUUAAGGUACCUUUCUAUUAGUGAAAGAGUGUUUAAAAUCAGUUCAGUAGUUCCAGCUGUUAGCUCAUACAAACCUACAAACUCACAAACUUUUCCUUUUUAUAUUACGAGACUACACCAUAAUGUAGUCAUAAAAAUUAAAGAGAUACAGUUUACUGAAAUUUAAUUAACAUUUUGAUUCUAUUUUGUCUGCUCUACCGUCGUCACAUUACGUCAGAGGCACACGUCAAGUCACACUGUGUCAGUGUUGUCACGUCACUCUCUUAUCCAUCGCGUUAUAGUAGAGUUCAAAACAACCUCGGGUCGGAUCGACGAAAAGUUUCUCGUUCUUGUUAUUAAGAAUUUUCUAGAUUAAUGUCACUUCUUAUUAAUUAAGAGAGCUUUUAUAAUAUUUUGUAUUUUAACUUAAGUUUUAUGAAAUUAUUAAGCGGUGGAAGCCAUAUAAAAAAGAAGAUCUAGGUCAUAAAAAGAAAUUGUACAAAGUGAAGAAAAGUAAACUACGAAUAUGUACUUAGAAAAAAUUGAAAUUUGUAUUAAAAUUUAAAACCAAAAUGCAAUUUAAAAAUUGAUGUAACAUCAUUGUUAAAUUUAUAUUACUAAAAAAAACUAUUUUUUUUAUAUAUUUAUAAGAAUAAUUUGUUGUCUGUUAGUAUGUUUAUUUACAUUGUCAGUUAAUACUUGUGUGAAUUAUGUUUCGGUAUGUUUGGUAUGUAAUUGCGAGUAAAUAAAAUUAUAUGUUUUUC